ACCUCAGCCCUCACUGUGAGAAGGAGGGUGCUGUUGUAUUUUGCGUGUGUGAGAGAACACCCUAAUGGCGAUGCCUGGCUGCUCUUCCCUCCCCAGGUGAACAUGGAUGACCGGUUUGGGCAGAUCAUGGUCGAAAACCUGCGGAGACGACAGUGUGACCUGGCGGGGGUGGAGCCCUGCAAGUCCUUAGAGUCCCAGAAGGAGCGGUUCCUGUCGAACGGGUGGGAAACGGCGUCGGCCGUGAACAUGAUGGAAUUGUACAGCCGGCUACCUCGGGCCGAAGUCAGCAGGAUCGAGUCCCUCGAGUUCCUGGACGAGCUGGAGCUCCUGGAGCAGCUCAUGUGCCACUACUGCCUGUGCUGGGCCACCCGCGGGGGCAGCGAGCUAGGUACCGUGCACCCUGUCUUCGCCCCAAAGUGGGGACCUUUUACUCUGCAAGGAAAGUACGACAUCCGAGCUUUGAGUGCAGAGGGCACUAGCGCCCGUGCCUGUGCCCGGGACCGUCUCGGGAUUGGCCAUCAUGUCCCGUGUCCCACACACAGAAGCGGGAGAGGUGUCAGGGAGAGCCCGAACCAAACCAGCCAGCCACCCCGUGCAGGUGUGCGCAGGAUCGCCGCAGGGAGGCGGAAGACCUUGCGUUUAAAGCAAUAGUGAUCUUAAUCAAAGUGACCAGGGUCUGUCUUCAUUAGCUCAUACCCAUGUCUCCUGGGUGGUAAACACGGACCGGUGUCUCUCAUCCACUGCGGGCGACGCUGCCCAGCCGGUCGAGCAGGGCUUCCCUGGUGCUCCUGGCACCGGGGCCUUGGUCCAGUUUCUCCUCACAGCUUCCCACGUGGCCCUGCUUCCUCGGGGCGCCUGCAGACUGUGGAGAGUGCUUUAGAUCCCAGCUCGGGCCUUGAACGUGGUAACUGCCCCGCAGGCUUCCUACAGAUGUGACCCAGGGAGGGGCAGCUGUAGUCAGGCAGCUGAUGCAGCGGGAGAACAUGACCAAGGCCAGCUCUGACCCCGUGAGAAACUGCAGGCUGGCAUGAGGCGGUUAAUCAUUGCCCCGGGCCUGUCUCCCCACUGCUUUAUAAAUUUACUCAGCUGUGCAGCUCAGCCCACAAC